GUGCGUGCGCAGUGUGCCAGCUGAGCAAACUGCUUCAAGUGCUUACCUGCAAGUUUUUAUCGUAUGUAAACACAGUCUCCGUAAUCCUAUGCGAUAACUAUAAUGAUAGCAAUGACUAAUGAUAACGCGCGAUGUGUUACAUGCUCUUAAUAUUCGUAAAAACACCGUUUAUGCUAAUACACGUGAUCUAAACUAGGCGACCUAUAUUCGGCGCUUCCGUAGGUCUUUUGGUGUCGGCACAUGCGCACUCGAUGAUGUAAACAAAUAUGGACGACAGUGUAUACGCGGAUGAAACGGAUGUGAAGGAACUGCUAGAUGUUUCUAAUUUCGAUGACUAUGACGCGUCCGCAGGAUCACAAAAGAGUGGCGCGAGUCGUUUCAACCCGUUCAACAAGCGACCGGACAGCAGCAUCAGACAUGCCGUGAAUGGCGACGUGUCGACGCAUGACGCUGCUGGUGCCCCCGUUUUACAGUUCAAGGAAGACGAUGACUCGGACGAUGAUCAGCUGCUCAACCUAGACCACACCUCGCAGGGCAGCCAUCGCUUUGAGAAUCCCUGGUCUAGCAUGUACCCCAACCCAAACGACCCUGACGAUGACGACCGUCUGCUUGUCGUCAUCCGUGAGGGAUUCUGCAAAGGGGGCGCUGGCGCAGCGUGCGACGACUCGUGCCCCCGGCAUGGCGGUAACUCUACGAUCCAGCAGGAGGACAACGAUCACUGUCACAGGCAGCGAACGCAGUCUCGCAGCAAGCCCAACGACGCUCGUAACCGCCUCAUCUGUGCGAGCAUUCUAUGUCUCGUGUUUGUCAUCGCCGAAGUUGUCGGUGGCUACUUCGCCAACAGUCUGGCCAUCAUGACCGACGCAGCACACAUGCUCAGCGACUUUGCUAGCUUCCUCAUCAGUCUGUUUGCAAUUUGGUUCGCGCAGCGGCCGCCAACAAAGAAGAUGUCGUUUGGCUACCACAGGGCAGGGGCUGGUCUGCAACACGACGACGAUGUUGACUACGACGAGGUGAAGGCUGACCUACUGCGGCUGCCGGGGGUCGAGAGCGUGCACAGCCUGUGCAUCUGGGUGCUCACCAUGAGCAAGAACGCAGUCGCCGUCCACAUUGCCAUUCGUAGCGACGUUGACCCGCUGCGCACGCUGUCACAGGCGACGGAGCUGCUGCGGCUGCGGCAUCACUUUGUGAGCACGACGAUACAGGUGGAGCCAUACGACGCGUCCAUCAUGUCAACCUGUACACACUGCAUAGGACCGACCAAGUAGCGGGCAAGGAUACAUGGGGGCGUCACUGUUACCUCGAGGAGUCUGUUAUGUCAACCUGCACACACUGCAUCGGACCGACCAAGUAGCGGGCGAGGAUACAUGGGGGCGCCACUGUUUGCCGCGAAGAGUCUGUUAUGUCAACCUGCAUAUAUCGACCGACCAAGUAGCGAAAGAUGACAAGAGAUGGCGCCACCCUUUGGCGCAGAGAGUGUGUGGUGACGUGACGGUGACGGCGUCGCGUGGAAGGCACGAGAGAGCUUGUGGAUGUGGGUUAGAUGUGUCGUGUUCGCUGGGGUGGGUACACGUUGCUGUGUGGAUGGGAGGGAUCGACCGGGGGAGUAGGGAUGAUGUGACGAUGAGUAGUGCAUUAGCUGUGAUCCUUUGUAGGUCCAGGGUACGCGCCCCGUGCAUCCGCGACAAGUCCCACUUACUGCCAUAUUAAUCGGAGAUACAAAGUCUGCAAGUCUUCUCUCAAGUGCCGUUUGCGUAAGUUGACUGAUGCCACUUGUAGGUGAAUGAGGCAGCUUGGUUAGUCGUUAUCAUAUUGGGCAGGUACCUCACUAGCUCGAUGACCAGUCCGGCAUGACAUAGUUGCAUGUGAAAGCAUGCACAAGACACAUUAGUUCUAUCAAACAAAGAUAAACAAAGUUGAAUAUCUAAAAAAAAACAUCUCCUGAUUCAACAUAGCUUUAUUUAUCUGCCUGUAAUGUAAUAUCAGAAGUAGAUAACAGGGAAUUCCCUAUUAUCUACUUCUAGUGAUAUGCAGGUGUGUGCGAGCACAUGCAUCUGCGAAUCUGCAUUGCAUCGUUUGCCAAGGUGAACUCCUACGAGCUUUUAUCGAUUGCUACCAUAUGUCAGUGGAUAUUUCUUUCGUGAAGGACAUGGGAGGUCGCUCUCACUUAUAGGAGAGAUAUGAUAGGCACAUAUGUAAUGUCAGUUAAUGUAGUGCUUACUAGCGCGCACUGGUGGCCAACUAGCGAAACUGUAUUAUGCUCGCGUCGAGUUGUACUUGCCAAGAUGUGAAAUGCACUGAUUACAUACUGAUGCCGAUGUAGCCCAUGUAUUUUUGUAACAAUCAAUGCAAAGGUGCUAAAAAUAGUCUUUUCCAUCUCAACUAUUCCGAAACAUUAACUGUUUUUUGUCAAGAUAUGAUAAACAUUAACAGUUUUUUUGUCAAGAUAUGAUACCAAGUGAUCUGGUCGGUACGUAAUUCAACGACCGAAUUCGAAUUUUCGUGCCGAAUGUAAAAGUGUGCUCAUGCCUGUGUUCAGGGUCAGGCUGAGAUAUAUGUGAAAUGAGAAUGUUUUUUGUCGUACAUGAUCGUACGGCAAAGAAUGACAAAAGCAACAACAAAUAGAACUCCGCGAGUAGUUUCCGAAUUACGAGUUUUCAUUAGUUUCGUUAAUACUUGUUUCGGUAGGUGGCGCUACGAUGCAAUCCACGAGUUCGAAGUUGCGCGUGGCGAUUGUACGUGAUUGAAUGGAAAAAUGUGAUUAUACGAUUAGUUAAUAGUUUGUGUAAAUUAAUUAAAGGGUGUAUAUAAUGAUGUCUCGGGUGAGAAAUAUGAUUAAACCGUGUAAUAAAUCAUUCGUGCAAAUUUUUAUGCAAUAAAUUUAAACCUCAAUUUUAUUCGA